AUGAAUUUGUUUGACAUUGGAGAGGAAGAGGAAGCAGAGAGAAAAGAGGAUGGAGAAGAAAAUUCUCUGUCCAAAAUUUUCUCUGUCUUGUUUUUUUGUUUGGAUAUGCUUUGUGUUUGUUUUGGGGGUGAAGUGGAUGUUAGGAGAAGAGUGGUGAUUAGAGAGAAACGGAAGGGAAAAUGCAAAAUGUCCAACAAUUUUCUCCUCUUCAUCUUCACCUUAUUUAUUAUCUACUUAGCCUACACCAUCCCUAAACAACAAUACCGUAAACAAACUAAUCUUAUAGUCUACGUGCAUGACUAUUUUACCGGCCACGACACGUCAGCAAUCACGGUGGCCGGAAAAGAUGGGCCCACCAAUUUCAACAUCUUAAAAUUUGGAACACUUGCAGUUGUUGAUGAUCUAAUUACAGAUGGGCCCACAAUUGAGUCCAAUGCUAUUGGUAGGGCCCAAGGGACCUAUAUGAACUCUCAACUUGAUGGGAAAGGUUUGUAUAUGAUUUUUUCACUGAUUUUUAGUGGUGGAGGGUAUAAAGGUAGCACUUUGGAAAUUCAAGGAUCUGAUAUUUUUUCAAUGGAGACAAGGGAAUUUGGAGUUGUUUCUGGUACUGGUUAUUUUAGAUUUGUUAAGGGUUAUGGUGUUAUGCAAACUCAAUUCAUGGAUAUGCCUAAUUUGAGAGCUAUUAUCAAACUUAAUAUAACUGUAAAACAUUAUUAA